AUGGGCAGCAAAGACGCCCAGACAUGGCUCGAGAAGCUCGAGGAGCAGCUCAACGUCGACGUGGACUGGAUGGACCCCGAGUACAUCAAGAACAUGCCCAUAAAGCCCCACGACCAGACCAGCAACCAGCUCUGGGUCGACAUUGAGCUCGGCAGCCCCUCCAACGCCGACCUCCUGGCCCAGACGGCCCGCGAGCUCAAGGACAAGGGCUGGCUCGCCAUCUAUACCCGCAUGGCCGUCCUCAUGUGCAAGAAGAAUAUCGACCUGAUCCAGGGCCGUGUCCUGCUCCAGACGCUCCCCUCCAAGGCGUACGACACCCAGGCGACGCUCGACCACGCACGUCUCUAUGACGCCGAGUUUGCGCGUGCGGGCAUCGGCCGUGACCGUUACUGCAUCAAGAUCCCGUCGACCGGCGCGGCCCUCAACGCGGCCAAGGUCCUGAGUGCCGAGGGCAUCCCGACGCUGGGGACAGCCCUGUUCAGCCUCCCGCAGGCAAUUGCGUGUAGCCAGGCAGGCAUGCUGUACAUCAGCCCCUACUUUAACGAGACCCGUGCACACGACGACCUCUCGCUGUGGCCCAAUGUCGAAGACCCCGCGACGCAACACCCCAUGAGCGCCCGCGUCUUCCAGAUCCUCGAGACGUACCGCCGAUUGUACAAGGAGACGGGGCGGGAGCAGCCGCUGCUCAAGAACGCGAGCUUCAUCUCCGCCAAGGAGGCCAUGGCGGCGGGCGAGCUCGGCUGCCACUCGGCCACCAUUUCGCACACGGUGCUCAACGAGCUCGCCAAGCUCAAGUAUGACGGCAGCAAGCAACCCGGGGAGGGUGUGCCCAAGCCAGUGCACGUCUAUCGCGACGCGGGCCCGACGCCGGAGCGCCUCCGAAAGCUGGCCCAGAUCGAUCCCCUGGCGGCCGCCGCGUGGGAUGGAAAGCUGGCGAGCACGGACAUUGACUAUCUCGCCAACGGAGGCGCGGAGCUGACCAAGGCGAUCGAGGCCGACCCCAUCUCUAAAGAGCGCCUGGCCAUUGCGUUGGAGCUGUUCACCCGCGGCGAGAACCGCAGCAAGGACAAAGUCGAGAAGGCCCUGGCUGCCCUGUAG